AUGAUAAAAAACCCAGCCACUGCACCUACACCAAUACCAAUCUUUGCGCCUAAUGAGAAUGAAUCUCCUGGGUCAUUUGAAUUCGAACUUUUUGUUCCAUUUAUAUUUGAUAUAUCAAAA